AUGCAGGAAUGCAUUCUUGACCUCGUACCGACAAACAAGCCAUUGAGAGUCAAGUGCUGGUACUUAUACCAACAGUACUCUAUGUAUCGUUAUCAUAAUACGGCCUCAACAAGUAUAACUGCAAACAACAACAAUGAGCUAUCCAUGGAUACCAAAAACACAAAUAAUAGCACUACUGCCGCAGAUAGCAGCGAUCAUAGGAAUAAAAAAAUAGUGACUCGAGUGGGGCAUGCCAGUAUAGGCUCUGACGUAGACUUGAAGUAUCUAAGAGACUUGUAUCUUCCCAAAUGCAAAAAUGAUCGAGAAAUCAAUCAAGAAGAAGGCCUCGUUGUCUACAAAACCAUCACUUCCUUUCCCCCUGUCAAACAGCUUGCUCCUUCAGAACGUAAACGUAUUCUGGUCACCGGAGGUGCUGGUUUUGUAGGUUCACAUCUGGUCGAUCGUCUUAUGUAUAUGGGUCAUGAAGUCAUUGUGCUGGACAAUUUUUUUACAGGCUCAAAACGAAACGUACAGCACUGGAUCGGGCAUCCUCAUUUCGAAUUAGUGCGCCAUGAUGUGGUUGAUCCCUUCAUGGUCGAAGUGUCACAGAUUUACCAUUUGGCUUGUCCAGCUUCCCCACCUCAUUAUCAAUAUAAUCCUACAAAAACGGUUAAAACAAGUGUGAUGGGAACAAUCAAUAUGUUAGGUUUAGCUAAACGCACAAAAGCAAGGUUUUUAUUGACUUCUACAUCAGAGGUGUAUGGUGACCCUGAAGAACAUCCACAAAAGGAAACCUAUUGGGGUCAUGUGAAUCCCAUCGGCCCAAGAGCUUGUUAUGACGAAGGCAAACGUAUUGCAGAAACACUUACUUAUGCUUAUAUGAGACAGAACGAUGUAGAUGUGCGCGUUGCACGAAUUUUCAACACUUUUGGCCCUAGAAUGUCACCUGCUGACGGCAGAGUAGUGAGUAACUUUAUAAUGCAAGCUAUUCGAGGAGAACCACUGACUUUAUACGGUGAUGGAUCACAAACGAGAUCAUUCCAAUAUGUGCAUGAUUUAGUGGAUGGGCUUAUCUUAUUGAUGAACAAAAAUUACUCUGAACCUGUCAACUUGGGCAAUCCAGAGGAAUAUACAAUUCGCGAUUUUGCUGAUAUGAUUCGAGAAAUGGUUUUGACACCUCCUCUUUCACCCGAGAAUGUAGAUAUCAAAAUAUUACCAGCAGCUAUGGAUGACCCUAAAAAGAGAAAGCCUGAUAUUUCCCGAGCAAAGAAGUUUUUGGGCUGGGAACCAGAAUUCUCGGUCAAACAAGGCGUGCAAGAAACAGUAGAUUGGUUUAAAUUGCAAGUCAAAGAAGGUGCUAUUUAA